GAAAAAAAAAAAGUCUUGACCGCUUGACGACCCAAAGCAACCCACGUUGCUGGCCCUAGCCACUUUUCAGAUUCCUAAGACCGACGCUCCAGUGGCGCCGCUGCAAAUUAUUCCUAUCGCUACCCAUCCUCCCCUCCCACCUCUCGCUCUCUUCUCCAUCUCUCUACCGAUUCCCCCUCUCACCAUCUAUCCUCCCCCGCAUACAAAAAUUUUGUCACAAUGUCUGUUGUCGGCAUAGAUUUCGGUGCCCAGAGCACCAAGGUUGGUGUUGCCCGUAACAAGGGUAUCGACAUUAUCACCAACGAAGUUUCCAACCGACAAACUCCUUCCCUUGUCGGAUUCAGCGCUAGAAGCAGACACAUUGGUGAAGCCGCGAAGACACAAGAGACUUCCAACCUCAAGAACACGGUUGGAAACCUCAAGCGCCUGAUCGGUCGCUCAUUUAGCGACCCUGAUAUCCAGCUCGAGCAGGAAUUCAGUGUUGCGCAGCUAUGUGACGUCAAUGGCCAGGCUGGUGCUGAGAUUAGCUACCUGGGCAAGAAGGAGAAGUUCACUGCCAUCCAGCUGGUGGCCAUGUACCUGACCAAGAUCCGCGACAUCACAUCUAAAGAAUUGAGACUCCCCGUCACGGAUGUCACCAUCAGUGUUCCCGCUUGGUUCACCGACAUCCAGCGCCGCGCCCUGCUCGAUGCUGGUGAGAUUGCCGGCCUCAAGGUUCUCAGACUGAUCAACGACUGCACGGCUACCGCUCUCGGCUACGGUAUUACCAAGCCUGACCUUCCGGCCCCCGAGGAGAAGCCCAGGCGAGUCAUGUUCGUCGACAUCGGAUACUGUGACUACACUGCAACCGUUGUCGAGUUCCGCAAGGGCGAGCUCAACGUCAAGGCCACCGCUUGCGACCGCUACUUCGGUGGUCGUAACUUCGACAAGGCCCUGACCGACCACUUUGCCGAUGAGUUCAAGGAGAAGUUCAAGAUUGACAUCCGUACCAACCCCAAGGCUUGGGCUCGUACCCUUGUCGCUGCCGAGAAGCUCAAGAAGAUUCUCUCGGCCAACACGCUUGCCCCCAUGAGCAUUGAGUCCCUCAUGGAGGACGUCGAUGUUCGCGCUGUUGUCAAGCGUGAGGAGCUGGAAGAGAUGGUUAAGCCUCUGCUGGACCGCGUCACAGUUCCUCUGGAACAAGCUCUUGCUGAAGCUAAGCUUAAGCCCGAGGACAUUGACUUCGUCGAGAUGGUUGGUGGCUGCACUCGUGUCCCUGCCAUCAAGGAGGCCGUCAACAAGUUCUUCGGCAAGAACCUGUCCUUCACGCUUAACCAGGAUGAGGCCAUCGCCCGUGGAUGUGCUUUCGCCUGUGCUAUCCUCUCCCCUGUCUUCCGUGUCCGUGAUUUCUCCGUUCACGACAUCGUUUCAUACCCCAUCGAGUUCACAUGGGAGCAGUCUCCCGAUAUCCCCGAUGAAGACACCAGCUUGACUGUCUUCAACAAGGGCAACGUCAUGCCUUCGACCAAGAUUCUCACCUUCUACCGCAAGCAGCCUUUCGACCUCGAGGCCCGCUACUCCCAGCCUGAGACCCUCCCUGGAAACAUCAACCCAUGGAUUGGCCGCUUCUCCGUCAAGGGUGUCAAGGCUGAUGCCAACGACGACUUCAUGAUCUGCAAGCUCAAGGCUAGACUCAACUUGCACGGUAUCCUGAACGUGGAGUCUGGCUACUAUGUUGAGGACGUCGAGGUUGAGGAGCCCGUCCCCGAGGAGGGUGAGACUAAGGAUGGUGAGCCCAAGAAGACCCGCAAGGUCAAGAAGCAGGUCCGCAAGGGCGAUCUUCCGAUUUCCACUGGCACUGCCCAGCUUGAGGAGUCUCUCAAGAACACCUGGCAAGAGCAGGAGAACACCAUGUACAUGGACGACAAGCUGAUUGCCGAGACGGAUGAGAAGAAGAACGAGCUGGAGGGCACGAUCUAUGAGAUGCGCGACAAGAUUGACAAUGUCUAUGCUGAGUUCGCCAGUGAAGAAGAGAAGGACAAGCUGAGAUCUAAGCUCACCGAUCUAGAGGAUUGGCUGUAUGAGGAGGGUGAUGACACCACCAAGUCCGUCUAUGUGGCUAAGCUCGAUGAGAUUCGCUUCGUCGCCGGCCCCAUCAUCCAGCGCCACAGAGAGAAGCUGGACGCUGAGCGUGAGGCUAUCCAAAAGGCCCAGGAAGAGGAGGCUGCGAAGAAGCGUGCUGAGGUAGAGGCCAAGCGCAAGGCUGAAGAGGAGGCCAAGGCCGCGGAAGAAGCUAAGAAGGCUCAGGAGAACCCCGACGCUGAGAUGAAGGAUGCUCCCGCUGAAGGCGAGGCCGCUCCCGAGAACGCUGAGGCUGACAAGCAGUAAAAGCUGCCUCAUUUGAAAUGACACAUGUUUCAUCUCAUUUUGAGUCAUUGAGCCUCUGCAUAUAAGCUUGAUGAUAAUCGCCGUGAAUAAAUACUCAAUCUGCCGGCCUGCUCUUUUUUACCCCUCUUUCGUUUCUCCGUUUCUCUCCCCUCCAUGAAACCACGGUUGUAGGACGAUUUUUCAUUUUAUUCGUUUUCUUGAUGACACUUUUUAUACGAUGAUGUGGUGUACCUGGGGUUUAAGUUGUUCACUUGCUUCUCUGGGCACGCAUCGGCAUGACACGAAACGGAAGGACUAGAUAUCAGACAUGUGGAUAGACUGCGGGCGAAAAGUUUUAUAAGUUCGCUAUUAGAGAAUUUAAUACUACUUUUGCACAUACA